AAUCAUUAUGCUAAUCAUUGAAUCAUAUUUAUUUUUAGACACAAAGCUUCAGUUAAGUGAACCAGAAAAGUGAUUAUUAUUUCAAGCAAAAGGUUUACAAUUUAGGUAAUCAAAAUGAGCGUUACCAUCUUCAACUGUUCAAGGGUAAGAUUAAGUAGCAACUAAUUACUCAGUAAAACAUAAUAAUCAAAUUAAGUUUUUAUUUAUUUACAGCAGAAAAAAGUUGCCAAAAAUUGCUCCAAAUGAAUGAUCAAUAAACAUCAAGUUAGCAGCAAAUAUUCAGCUGAAGGAAACAAUAACACUAUUAUCAUGACAAAAAUCAGAGAAACACUUUUCUUGAUUCUAUUAUUAUUUAAACAUGUAUUUUAUUUUGGCCAUUAAUUUCAGUUGAUCUAUUUUUCAAGGAUGAUCAUGAUGAUUACAAUGAUUGAUUAUAAUUUACGUUUCAACAGAUGACUGAUAAAUAGUAAACAAUCAAUUAGGUUAAAUGAGUUGACCAUUGAUAACCAUCAUGAUUGCAAAAUAAUGGCGGAAAUAAUGACAAUUCAUCUUAUUGAUAACAUGUUAAUCAUGAACUAAAAGCAGACGUUUGACAAUAAAUUGCUCAAAAUAUUUCAAUCGACAUUUUCAAACUAUACUUUAGUCAACGAAAUGGUUAUUUUUGAUUUUUGGUAAAAUCAUUUUAACUUCAAUUUUCAGUUUGUCAAGACAAUUGAUGACAAUCAAUUAAUUUUAAGUCCAUCAAUUGACCGUAAGUCAAAGUCUAAAUGAAAGCCCUUUCAAGGACUGGAAAUAUUUUAGUCCAUUUUUCUCGGUCCAUUCAUAGUUGGGUCAACAUUGACAUUGGUGUCCUCUUUCUUGACAGACUAGGUCAGGUCCAGGUCACUUCCGUGGGAAAAAAACAUUAGACAAGGAAAGUUGCUCUCAUUUUGCUUUGUUUUGGGAACAAAAUGUAUACUUUGGUCAACAUGAAAACCAUGUAAUUUAAUGUAACAAUUGUUAACUCUACUCUAGCAGUUGAAAGCAUCAAAUAGUUGAGGUCAUUUGCUAAACUGGCCCUUCAAAUUUGUCAUCAUCUUCACAAAAUAUUACAAUAGGAAAGCACAAAGGUAAAAGCAUAAAGCAUAAACAAUUUUCAGUUGAAGUCUCAUUCAUUGAAGUCAUUUGAUUUGAUUUCAUUGAAAUUAUUAUAAGUCUUGAUCGAAAUUUCAAUCAAAAUCUUUUCCACAGUUGAUAUUAAUUUCUGAGUAAAAAUGAUUUAUUAAAUUGUGAGCAAAGACUAAACAGGAUUUAGGUAAAAUUAGGGGAAUACAAUUUAAAUGAACAUUUUUUACUUGGAAACGGAAGGCUUUCAAUUUGCUAAUCAAUUACUUUGUUUCAUAUUGUUUUAACCUUUUUUUGGGUUCAGAUGUUUUUUCCUCUUUUGUGCCUUUCUCGUAUUUGCGACACUUUUAGGUCAGCAAUUGUUAAUGGACGAUACAGAAUUAACUUUUCAAUUAAUUUGUCAACCAUUAAGCUAUUGUUUAAGAUGUUGACCACUUUAAUUAGUAAGUCAAUUAUAUAUUUGAUUCCUUAAUUUUUUAAGACAAAUCUGUUUUUUUCGUUCGCUUUGUGAAAGAGUUGACAUUUAGAAUCGAAGUGAUUUAAGUUAAAUGUUACCAGAGAGUAAUGAUUAAAAGUAAAGUCAAUUGUUUCCUAAUUCAGUUUUUAACCAUUUAAUAUAAGCUUUUUGCUUGUUAACUAAUCAGAUUGAACAGUUGAAAUUUUUUGCAUCUUUUCUGUUAAAUUUUUUAGUCAAUUUUUUCUUCAUGAUUAACCUGAGUUGAGUCUUUUUUUCAAAGAAACUGAAUUGAUUUUUGAAAUUCCGUUCGUUUCUUGGUGUUUUUUGUGGCUCAUAUAAUUUGGACAAUUAAAUUUGUAUGCAAUCGAUCAGAUUGUCUGGUUGAAAUGAGACCUUUCAUGAAAAGUAUAAAAUACGAUCAUUCCAAGAGAUAAAUCAUCAGUCAACAGUUGAUCAACAAUCAACUAACAACAACAUUUCAAAAGGAUUUAACCAGUUAAUUUCAAUUCAGUGUGUAUAAGCUCAUACUCAACAAUGAGCAAAUUUAGCUUCUAUUGUGCUUUAAUAGUACUAAUUGUAGUACCUGCUUACGCUAAUCCAUUUACUUCAUUAGUAAAUGCAAUCGUACCAAGCAAGACUUCCUUAGAGAAGUCAGCUGAGAAAACAGGAGAAGAAUCAAUUUCAAAGAUCGCUAUCAUCAAGCCUCUUGAUGGUUGGGGACAUCAUGGUCAUGGACACCAUGGACACCAUGACCACCAUGGAUGGGGUCAUCAUGAUGACCAUCAUGGGUGUAAAGUGAAAGAGGUAACUCAUCACCAUCACCACCACCACAAACAUGCUCCAGUUGAAGCUCAUCAUCACCACAAACAUGGACACAAACACGGUCAUGAUCACAAACAUGGUCAUGGACAUAAACAUGGACACAAACACGACCAUAAACACGAUCAUGGACACAAACAUGGACAUGGACACAAACAUGACCAUUGGGAAAAACAUGAUCAUGGUCAUAAACAUGGACAUGACCACAAACAUGGACACAAACAUGAUCACUGGGAAAAACAUGACCACAAACAUGGACACAAACACGGCCACGACCAUAAACAUGGACACAAACAUGAUCACUGGCACAAGCACGGUCACAAGCACGGCCAUGACCAUAAACACGGACACAAACACGACCAAAGCCAUAAACACGGACAUGACCACAAACAUGGACACAAGAAUGAUCACUGGCAUCAUCAUGGACACAAACACGAACACGGCUGGAAUGAUCAUGGUCAUGGUCAUCAUGGAUGGCAUGAUGGAGGCCACCAUGGAUGGAAUGAUCAUGGACACCACGGUCAUCACGGUCAUGAUCACCAUGAUCACCACGGACACCAUGGAUGGCAUGAUAUUCACAAGAAGACUGGCUCAGUCGAUGUUGCCAACACCGCUGCUGCUGCUGCUCCUAACAGUAACUAUGGUUCACCUGGAUACAGUGUUAUUGACUCAAAAGGGUUCACCUCAUCACUUGAAAAGGCUGAUGAUAAGACAAUGAAAAUGAUUGCUGAAUUUGACAAGGAAUUUUAUUCCAAAUCAAAAUAGAUCAACUAUUGUAACUAAUCGACUGUGAUAACAUGCAAAUCAAACUAAUCAAACUAAUCAACUCUUAAAGGCUUUCAACAAACCAAAACAAUCAUCUGCAAAUAUUUAUGUUAUAAAAAAGACAAAAAAUGAAGCUCAAAUGUAAUAUAAAAUGAAAUCAAUUUCCUUAAUCAUGAACAAUCAUGAGCGCAAAAAAAUCUGAUAAUCAUAACUGUACAGUUUCAUCAAUAAACAUUUAACUUCGGAAUUGAAUUAAAC